AUUGACUGGUCAAAUGAGCGGCUGGACUGCCCCCAAGGAUGUUAUUCUCAAGGUUGCUGGUAUUUUGACUGUCAAGGGUGGUACUGGUGCUAUUGUAGAAUACUUUGGCCCUGGUGUCGAAUCUCUUUCAUGCACUGGUAUGGGUACUAUCUGCAACAUGGGUGCUGAAAUUGGUGCCACUACUUCUAUUUUCCCUUUCAACUCUCGUAUGUCUGAGUAUCUCCGUGCUACCAGCCGCCCAGACAUUGCCUCUUACGCAGAACAAUUUGCUCCUGUCAUUGCCGCUGAUGAAAAUGCUCCUUAUGACGAAGUUAUUGAAAUUAAUCUCAGUACCUUAGAACCUCAUAUUAAUGGUCCUUUCACUCCUGAUUUGGCUACCCCGGUUUCCAAAUUCAAGGAUGCCAUUGCUGAACACAAAUGGCCCGAAGAGCUUAAAGUUGGUUUGAUUGGUUCUUGCACCAACUCUUCUUACGAAGACAUGUCUCGUGCCGCUUCUAUCUGCCAGCAGGCUAUUGACAAGGGUAUCAAGACGAAGUCUCUCUUCACUAUCACUCCUGGUUCUGAACAAGUGCGUGCUACUUUGGAGCGUGAUGGUCAAUUGGAAACCAUGAGAAAGGCUGGUGGUGUCGUUCUCGCCAACGCUUGUGGUCCUUGCAUUGGUCAAUGGAAGCGUACUGAUGUUCAAAAGGGUGAGAAGAACUCUAUUAUUACUUCAUACAACAGAAACUUUACUGGUCGUAACGAUGCUAACCCUGCAACCCAUGCCUUCGUUACUUCUCCCGAUAUUGUUACUGCUAUGGUGUUUGCCGGUAACAUGAAUUUCAACCCAUUGACUGACACCUUGAAGGACAGCAAUGGUAAUGAGUUCAAGUUUGAGGCUCCCAGCGGUGCUGGUCUUCCUUCUAAGGGCUAUGAUCCCGGUGUUGAUACUUAUGUCGAACCUAAGUCUGAAAAUGUUCAAGAUGUUGCCAUUGACCCCAAGUCCCAACGUUUGCAACGCCUUGCUCCUUUCAACAGAUGGGAUGGCAAGGAUGCUAAAGGCUUGAAGAUCCUAAUCAAGAGUAAGGGUAAAUGUACUACUGACCACAUUUCUGCUGCUGGUCCUUGGUUGAAGUACCGUGGUCAUCUCCAAAACAUCUCCAACAACUAUAUGAUUGGUGCUGUCAAUGCUGAGAAUGGCGAAGCCAACAAGUUGAAGAACCAACUUACUGGAGAAUAUGACACCGUCCCCAACGUUGCCAUUUCUUACCGUGACAACGGCAUUCGCUGGGUUAGUAUUGGUGAGCAGAACUUUGGUGAAGGUUCUUCUCGUGAACAUGCAGCUCUUGAACCCCGCUACUUGGGUGGUACUGCCAUCAUUACCAAGUCUUUUGCUCGUAUUCAUGAGACCAAUCUUAAGAAGCAAGGUUUGUUGCCUUUGACUUUUGCUGAUCCUGCUGCUUAUGAUAAGAUUACCCCCUUUGACACUGUUGAUAUUGUGGGCCUUCCUUCUUUUCAACCCAGAAAACCUUUGACCUUGGUUAUUCAUCCAGCUGACGGUUCUCCUGAAUGGAGCACUCCACUGAACCACACCUUCAACGAAGACCAAAUUGCCUGGUUUAAGGCUGGUAGCGCCUUGAACCACAUGGCUGACAUGCAUAAGAAGCAAUAAACUGCACUGAAAAUCUUUUUCAGUUUGAAAAGUUUAAGGUUUUGUUGAAAUGAUUCAAAUAAGUUGGAUAUGUCCGACUCAGAUUUGCUUUUUUUUAGCGAUUGAUGGACUCCCUCCCCUCCCCCCUUUGCGAUCUAAUUUUGAUUCAAC